GCCGAGCCAACUACCAUAGCCUUGCUUUCUCUCAAUACCUCUGGUAUUUGUAUUUAUUCGAAUAGCCUCCUAUACUGUAAAUACAUAUUCAGAUAUACAGAUAGAUAUCUUAUAUCUCGAAAUUAUAUAUUUUUUAAAUGCAUUAGGUAGAGACCACAACAUCCAACAGUAACGUUUGCUAGCAUGCUAACACAGACAAAAGUGGUUUAGUUACCUGUAUCUUUGCAGUUAAUUUUAGCGAUUUUUCCUUUUGAUAUACGGAAUCGUAACACUGACCAACCUGAACAAAAGUAGCUAAAAGUUACAAUCUCUUAACUGUAGCUAGCUGCUCAUAGACACUUUGCAAUGAUGUCCGCAGCCAUCAUAACCUUCCAGUCGCAGCUCUCCGGGGUCAUGGAGACGGUCCUUAAGUCAGCCAUGUAUGAGAUCACCAGGCUGGUGGAGGAUAGUUUCCUGGAGGAGGUGUCCCGGAACCGGGAGCAGGUCGAGUCACUGAAGAAGCGGCUGCAGUGGUCGGAGAACAGAGAGGGAGACCAGAGGGGGAAGUGUGGGGACUGUGGGAGAGCUGGCAAGGAAGGUCAUGAGAUAAGCUUAGGAACUUCACAGACAGGUGUGGAGAAGGGGCGUGGCCUGAAGCAGGAAAAGGUACAAGGGGAGGAGUGGCGCAGCUGUGGGGGUGUGGCCAGGGAAACAACCUUCAAUGAUCUGGAGGAGGCUGAGGCCACCAGCCCUAGGAGAACCUCUGAGUCCACAGAGGUCGGAGGUCAGAAGCUGGACAGUCUGCUGAAAGAGGAGGCUCUCCACAACACUGAGCUACAGGAGAGAUGGGAGUUCUGCCUGGAUGAGGCUGAUGGUUCAGACGUCUCUGGGCCCAGUAAGAGUUUUAUUCAGCAGGAGCUGCAGCAGUGCCAAGAUGAGUGGAGAUCCAGUCUAGACCAGAGGCCUGAACUACCAGGCCCCGAGGGACACUCAGUGGACCCCACCGACCCUCUCUACCGCCCCCACUACAGCAUGGAGGAACAAGGGGGUGACUUUGAUAAGUCUGGUUACUGCAGUGGCGGUAGUGGCGACCAUCUUCUAGACAUGGAAGGGCUGGAUAGGCUUCCUGGUUCUCCGUCUCGUCUGGGGGCGCUGAGCUACGGAGCUGUGGGUCACUACCAGGUGAACCUGGGGGGGUUUAAGGGGGGCGACCAUCGCCAUCGCUCCCACAUGCCUGGCCCCCAUCGGAUCCGGAGGGAGCAGGUGGAGUCGCCAACGCCAUCCCCCCACCCAGAGGUGGGAGACCUGAACUGCCUGUUGAUAAACGAGGAGGGGUACCUGCAGGACUCCAGUGUCUUGUACCCUGAACACGGUGUCCCAGAGUUGGGUAACAGAGCCAGCCACAGAGCCAUCCACUCUGGAAGCUCAGCCCACAACAACAACACAGAGAGCCUGUAUGAUGCCGCUGACGACUUUGGACACUCUUUAAACCUCAGAGAUCGUUCACAAGAGCAGGUAACAGGAGUAGGGGGGAGGCGUCAUGCCUGCAAUCAAUGUACCAUGAGCUUCCCAGACGCUGGUUCCCUCAAGGCCCACAAGCAGACACACAAAACGGGGAGAGGGAUGAGUUCAGGGUCUGGGCCUCCAUACUCCUGCACCCAGUGCGGUAAGACCUUCACCCAGGCCUGCAACCUCAAGGUCCACCAGCGGGUCCACCAGGCAGAGGGACUCCACCUCUGCAGCCACUGCUCCAAGGGUUUCACCUCCUUCUCCGACCUGAAGAGGCACAAGUGCAGCCAGACCACAGACAAGCCCUACUGCUGCUCCAUCUGUGGGAACAAGUUCAGUCGUCUCUGGAACCUCAAGCUGCAUCAGCGCAUUCACACGCAGGAGAAACCCCACCGCUGCACUAUGUGUGACAAGAGCUUCACGCGGGUGGACAUUUUGAAGGUACACCAGCGCACACACACUGGGGAGAGACCGUACUGCUGUGCUGUGUGUGGACUCUGCUUCAAACGACUGGCCCAUCUAAAGUUACACCAGCACAAACACAGGCCGGAUUUCCUGGCCUGAACGGUGGCCUAGAACAGUGAUUUCAACACUGUGAGGCAUGGGUUCCUCCAAUUUCUUUUAAAUAUAUAUAUAUAUAUACUUACAGUCCAUUCAAAAGUUUGGACACACCUACUCAUUCAAGGAUUCUUCUAUAUUCUUACAAUUUUCCACAUUGUAGAAUAAUAGUGAAGACAUCAAAACUUUGAAAUAACACAUAUGGAAUCAUGUUGUAACCAAAAAAGUGUUAAACAUAUCAAAAUAUAAUGAUUUAUUUUUUCAAUAUACAUUUUUCAAGUUUCUUCAAGUGCAGUGGCAAAACCAUCAAUCGCUAUGAUGAAACUGAAUCUCAUGAGGUCCGCCACAGAAAAGGAAGACCCAGAGUUACCUGGUCAAUGACAUUCGAUGGAUUGGACAUUAGACCGGUAGAAAUCUGUCCUUUAGUCUGAUGAGUCCAAAUUUGAGGUUUUUGGAUCCAACCACAUGUGUGUGUCCCACCGUGAAGCAUGGAGGAGGUGGUGUGGUGGUGCUUUGCUGGUGACACUGUAUGUGAUUUAUUUUGAAUUCAAGGCACACUUAACCAGCAUGGCUAGCACCACAUUCUGCAGUGAUAUGCCAUCCCAUCUGAUUUGUGCUUAGUGGGACUAUCAUUUGUUUUUCAACAGGACAAUGACCUAACACACCUCCAGGCUGUGUAAGAGUUAUUUGACCAAGAAGGAGAGUAAUGGAGUGCUGCAUCAGAUGACCUGGCCUCCACAAACACCCGAGCUCAACCCAAUAGAGAUGGUUUUGGAUGAGAUGGACCGCAGAGUGAAGGAAAAGCAGCCAACAAGUGCUCAACAUAUGUGGGUACUCCUUCAAGACUGUUGGAAAAGCAUUCCAGGUGAAGCUGGUUCAGAGAAUGCCAAGAGUGUGCAAAGCUGUAAUCAAGGCAAAGGGUGGCUAUUUGAAGAAUCUCAAAUAUAAAAUAUAUUUUGAUUUGUUUAACACUUUUUUGGGGUUAUUACAUGAUUCCAUGUGUUAUUUCCUAAUUAUAAUGUCUUCACUAUUAUUCCACAAUGUAGAAAAAGAGUAGAAAUAAAACCCCUUGAUGUGUAGGUGUUCUAAAACCUUUGACCGGUAGUGUGUGUAUAUACAUACAUACAGUGCCUUCGGAAAGUAUUCAGACCACAUUUUGUUACUUACAGCCUUGCAAAAUGGAUUGUUUUUCCCCCUCAUCAAUCUACACACAAUACCCCAUAAUGAUGGGGAGUGUUGCUGCACAGCUAUUUUCAGGUCUCUCCAGACAUGUUUGAUCAGGUUCAAGUCUUGUCUUGGCUGUGUGCUUCGGGUCAUUGUCCUGUUGGAAGGUGAAACUUCGCCACCAGUCUGAGGUCCUGAGCGCCCGGGAACAGGUUUACAUUAAGGAUUGCUAUGCACUUUGCUCCGUUCAUCUUUCCCUCGAUCCUGAACAACAUCCCCACAGCAUGAUGCUUCCACCACAAUGCUUCACCGUAUGGAUGGUGGCAGGUUAGAUUGGAAGCUUGGCUUUUUUAUUUCUUUAUUUCACCUUUAUUUAACCAGGCAGGCCAGUUGAGAAGAAGUUCUCAUUUACAACUGCGACCUGGUCAAGUUAAAGCAAAGCAGUGCAACAAAAACAACAUCACAAAGUUACACAUAAACAGACGUACAGUCAAUAACACAAUAGAAAAAUCUGUAUACAGCGUGUGCACAUUUAGAAGAGUAGGGAGGUAAGGCAAUAAAUAGGCCAUAGAGGCGAAAUUAUUACAAUUUAACAUUAACACUGGAGUGAUAGAUGUGCAGAUGAUGAUGUGCAAGUAGAGAUACUGGGGUGCAAAAGAGCAAGAGGAUAAAUAAUAUGGGGAUGAGGUAGAUGGGUGUGUUAUUUACAGAUUGGCUGUGUACAGCUACAGUGAUCUGGCAUUCAGGCCAGAGUUCAAUCUUGGUUUCAUUAGAUCAGAUAAUAUUGUUUCUCAUGGUCUGAGAGUCUUUAGGUGCCUUUUGGCAAACUCCAAGCGGACUGUCGUGCCUUUUACUGAGGAAUAGCUUCUGUAUGGCCACUACCAUAAAGGCCAACUGGUGGAGUGCUGCAGAGAUGGCUGCCCUUCUGGAAUGUUCUCCCAUCUCUACAGAGGAACUCCGGAGCUCUGUCAGAGUGACCAUCAGGUUCUUGGUCAUCUCCCUGACCAAGGCCCUUCUCACCCGAUUGCUCAGUUUGGCCGGGCGGCCAGCACUAGGAAGAAUGAUGGGGACCACUGUGUACUUGUGGACCUUCUAUGCUGCAGAAAUGUUUUGGUACCCUUCCCAAGAUCUGAGUCUCGACACAAUCCUGUCUCGGCGCUCUACAGACAAUUCCUUUGACCUCCAUGGCUUGGUUUUUGCUCUGACAUGCACUGUCAACUGUGGGACCUUAUGUAGACAGGUGUGUGCCUUUCCCAAAUCAUGUCAAAUCAAUUGAAUUUACAACGGGUGGAAUCCAAUCAAGUUGUAGAAACAUCUCAAGGAUGAUUAAUGGAAACAGGAUGCACCUGAGCUCAAUUUCGAGUCUCAUAGCAAAGGGUCUGAAUACAUUUUUUUUGCACACAUUCCUAAAAACCUGUUUUCGGUUUGUCAUUAUGGGGUAUUCUGUGUAGAUUUUAAUUUAUUUAAUCAAGGCUGUAACAUAACAAAUUUGAAAAAGUCAAGGGGUAUGAAUCCUUUCCGAAGGCCCUGUAUACACUCAGUCCAGCUCUGAAAGUUGUAAUAGUGGAAUGCACAAGGUGUAAUUUCAAAAUUGGGUAGUACAUCAUCAGUUCCUCUUUGUACACCCUAGAGAGCUAUUUAUAACUUGUCAGAAAUGUCCAGAUCAACGAGCCCAUGUCAACUAACGUUUUUUAAAUUUAUAUCUUUCAAAAAUAUAAACAACAUGCAACAAUUUUACUGAGUUACAGUUCAUAUAAGGAAAUCAGUCAAUUGAAAUAAAUUCAUUUGGCCCUAAUCUAUGGAUUUCACAUGACUGGGCAGGGGAGCAACCAUGGGUUGGCCUGGGAGUGCAUAGACCGACCCACUGGGAGCCAGGCCCAGCCAAACAGAAUGAGUUUCUCCCCACAAGAGCUUUAUUACAUACAUAAAUACUCCUCAGUUUCAACAGCUGUCUGGGUGGCUGGUCUCAGACAAUCCUGCAGGUGAAGAAGCUGGAUGUCGAGGUCUUGGGCUGGCAUGGUUACACUUGCGGUUGUGAAGCUAGUUGGAUGUACUGCCAAACUAUUGACAAGUAUGUUGGAGGCGGCUUAUGGUAGAGAAAUGAACAUUCAAUUAUCUUGCAACAGCUCUGGUGGACAUUCCUGCAGUCAGCAUGCCAAUUAUACGCUCCCUUAAAAUCUGAGACCUCUGUGGCAUUGUGUGACAAAAAUGCUAAUUUUAGAGGCCUUUUAUUGUCCCCAGCUCAAGGUUCACCUGUGUAAUGAUCAUGCUGUUUAAUCAGCUUCUUGAUAUGCAACACCUGUCAGGUGGAUGGAUUAUCUUGGCAUAAUAGAAAUGCUCACUAACAGGGAUGUAAACAAAUUUGUAUACAACAUUUGAGAGAAGUAAGCUUUUUGUGUGAAUGGAACAUUUCUGGGAUCUUUUAUUUCAGCUCAAGAAACAUGAGAUCAACUCUACAUGUAUUUACAUUUUUGUUCAGUAUAGGUUAUUUAGCCCAUAGAUCUUGACAAGUUUGUCAGUCAAAUAACACAUGAAUACAUAUUAGACAUGGCCAAAUGUAUAGAAUUGCAAGAAAAGGAGCUUUAAAACAGCAACAUUUCCUUUGCAUCGCAUGACAAAAUGUGUAGAAUUGCAGGAAAUAAGCUUUAAACCCAGCAACAUUCUCUCCACCAAGAGCGGCGUGAACAGUUAGUGUCAUGAACAGUGCCAAUAGAAAUAGACGUGUUAGAUUCUGGGUUAAACUUUGAACAUUGUUAUACUCAGAAGAAUAGUAUCUAACGGUGAGGGACUGGUUUUUACUUCAGAAGUUAAUGGUCUGUAGGAGCCAGAUGGCUUUGGAAUGUGUAGGGGAGACGGGUGGAGAUCUUAGAACCUAACAAUGUCACUGAGGGAGAGAAGGUAAUGUAUAAUGUUUACAUUAUGUCAGGAUAUGUUAUUGUUAGCCAUCAGGGAUCCUCUGGGAGAAGAGACACUGUCUAUCAAUCACCAUGACAGCCUUGAGUUGAAGAGACUCUAGGAGAAAGGGUUGUCAGUACUUCUGUGAAAUGUUGUUUGUCUGAAUGCAGCUCUAUCGACCCUUUGGGAAGAAUUAAACUUGGAUAAGCUUU